GUCGCCCGGGUGACAGGAGGCCGACAUUGCGGCGCGGGAGGUGGCGGCGCAGCGCUGCGUUCCGAGCUUUGAAUGAGGGGCGGCCGGAGGCUGCGAGAGUGGCCGCCUCGGCCCCUGGCGCUCCGCGCCUCCCGGAGAACCCUCCCCGCCGGAGCAGGGCAAUAUUGGAGCAGCCUACCUAAUGAUCCACCUUCCUGACUCUUCCUAACAUAAAGCCUGGAAUAAUUAAAGUGAUUUAAAUGCCAUAGCAUAUUUGAAAUCAAGCUGUCCUUCCAUGGAAUACUCAUGGCCUGAGGAAAAUGUCACAGGGCUGCCUUCUCUUCUCACCAGGAGGAAGGGUUUCUCACCAUGGCCAUAACACAGUUUCGGCUCUUUAAAAUCUGUACUUGCCUGGCAGCUGUGCUUUCUUUUAUUAAAAAGUUAAUAUGCAGGUCUGGAAGAGGGCGAAAGUUAAGUGGAGACCAAAUAACUUUGCCAACAACAGUGGAUUAUUCAUCUGUUCCCAAACAGCCAGAAGUAGAAGACUGGUCUUCAUGGGAUGAAGAUGCACCUACCAGUGUGAAGAUUGAAGGUGGCAAUGGUAAUGUGGCAGCUCAGCAAAAUGCUGUGGAACAAAUGGAACCUGAUUAUUUUAAAGAUAUGACACCAACUAUAAGAAAAACUCAAAAAAUAGUUAUUAAAAAACGAGAGCCUUUAACUUUUGGAGUUCCAGAAGGAAACACAGGAUUCUCUAGCAGAUUAGCAGCUACACAAGAUAUUCCAUUUAUUCACCAGUCUCCUGAACUGGGAGACUUGGAUACUUGGCAAGAAAAUACUAAUGCCUGGGAAGAAGAGGAGGAUGCUGCCUGGCAGGCAGAAGAAGUUCUUAGGCAACAGAAGUUAGCAGAAAGGGAAAAAAGAGCAGCAGAACAACAACGAAAGAAAAUGGAGAAAGAGGCCCAAAGGUUAAUGAAAAAGGAACAGAACAAAAUUGGUGUAAAACUCUCCUAACAGUAACCAGGCAUCGGUGGAAGGAUUCCACCUCUACAACAUGCAUAUUGGCAUUAAUUUAAGUAUUUCCAGGACUUCAACACACUGCUUGGUUUCAAUGCAUUCUUCAAGUCAUCUUGGAAGCCAGAAUUCUCCCAAAAUAUCUUGAACAGGUACAAUAUUAACAGGUAGUUCUUCAGGGGAAAGAAAACACACACACACACACACACACACACACACACACACACACACAAAAUCAUGCCUUGAUGGAAUGAUAUUUCCUACAAUAAUUCUAUUCCAGUACCCUUCUUUGCAGCAAACAUGAUUGAGCAAAAGCAAUUGAGAGACGCUCUUAAUGAACAGCUCGAGCCUAGGGAAAAGAAUGUAAAUAUUCCGUGGUGGGGAAUCUACUGUAUUGUCUGUGCUUACCUGAAACAUGUAAUUAAACAGUUUUAAAGAACCCUUUGCUUCCUACCUGA